AUGACCACACUAAACAGUACCUUUGGACAUUGUGAAGAUAGUGUUAAUCCGAUGCAGUCUGGUGAUAUGAGUAUCGACGGACCGUCCAUUGACAAGGAAUCGCCACCCCGUUAUGUCACUUUUCGGAAAGGAAUGGCAAACUCUGAUGUCUUGGAACUUCGCAACGACUUCCAAACAUUCCAAACAACCAUGUUGAAUAUGCUUGAGAGCUGGUUCAAUAAGCAGGACGAAAAACUCGCUAAGUUUAUGAAGGAUUUCGAGAACAUCAAGACAUCUAUAAAAUACAUGAAUGAUAGUUUUGAGGAAAUAAAAUCGAAAACUGAAGAUGUGGCAAAGCGCGUUAGUGAGCUUGAGAAACAUUCAGCAAACUCCAACGACUCUCUUCGUCUUCUACAACUAGAAGACAAAAUAGAUGCAAUGGAACAACAGGCACGAAUGUGUAACGUCGAAAUCAGUAACCUGCCAGAGAAACGCGGGGAGGACCUACCAGCUAUUUUGGAGAACCUUGCUGCGCAUAUAAAAAUGCCACUAAAUAAACAAGACAUUGUGUCGAUUCAUCGUGUACCACAAGCCACUGCCGGUAGCACGCGCCCUAAGAACAUAAUUGUAAAACUUACAAGUCGCCUACUGAGAGACAACUUCAUCGCUGCUGUGCGCUUGAACAAGGGCAUUGACUCCCCCCAGCUUGGCAUUUCCGGUACUCCUUAUAAAAUCUACGUUAAUGAGCAUCUCACGCUGAAAAAGAAGAAUUUGUUUCGAGAAACUCGUGAAACAGCAAGAAAACAUGGAUUCCGUUUUGUGUGGGUCAAACAUGGAACCAUACUCGUCAGAGCCAGUGAAACAACGCCAAUCAUUGCAAUACGAUCAGAUAAGGAUCUGUCAAAAAUGGAACAUAAAAAGUGA